AUGCUAUAUUUGGUGACAGUUCUUUUGUUUCUCGUGCAUGUGGUCCUUGGCUAUAUCCAUCCCAUCACCAUUAAGGGGAAGCACUUUUAUGACUCUCUUACGGGUGAGCUUUUCAUGGUCAAGGGAGUUGAUUAUCAGCCAGGAGGUGCCUCUGGAGUUUCAACGGACAAAGAUCCUUUAUCAGAAAUAGAGGAAUGUGCUAGAGAUAUUCUCUUGUUCCAGGAACUUGGAAUAAAUACUAUUAGAGUUUAUUCGGUUAAUCCUGACUUGAAUCAUGACAAAUGCAUGUCGCUUUUGGCUUCUGCUGGGAUAUACUUGAUCUUGGAUGUUAAUUCACCUUUGCCAAAUCAAAGCAUUAAUAGAUAUGAGCCUUGGAGCUCCUAUAAUCAUGAUUAUCUAUACCAUAUCUUCAAAGUGGUUGAACAAUUUUCUCAUUAUAACAAUACCUUGGCCUUUUUUGCUGGUAAUGAAGUCGUGAAUGAUAAGGUCUCCGCCACACAUUCUUCUAACUAUAUGAAAGCAGUUGUAAGAGAUUUGAAAACAUACAUCACACAUCAUAGCGAUAGACCUAUCCCUGUUGGAUAUUCUGCAGCCGAUGAUCUUUCUUUUCGAAUUCCAUUGGCAAAGUACCUAGAAUGCUCAAAUAGUACAGCUGAAUUGGAUAGCGUUGACUUUUAUGGAGUCAACAGCUACCAAUGGUGUGGCUAUCAAAACAUGCAAACGAGCGGCUAUGACCAGUUGGUAGCUCAUUAUGCGGAUUAUACCAAACCAAUCAUGUUCUCAGAAUACGGAUGUAACGAAGUGACUCCAAGAAUUUUCCAAGAGGUGGAGGCUAUUUAUUCUUCUAAGAUGAGCUCUGUUUUCAACGGAGGUCUUGCUUAUGAGUUUGCCCAAGAACCGAAUAAUUAUGGAAUGGUGGAAUAUCUUUCAGAUGGGAGAGUUAAACUAUUGAAGGAUUUUGAAACUUUCAAGAACCAAUUAGCUAAGGCCUCAGAAACUUACCACAUAAAGCAGAUGAAUGAAAAUGUUAGAUCCGCACCGCUUAAAUGUCAGGGCACUUAUGAAAAUUUGGGGGACAAAUUGGUUGUUCCUCAAAGUCUAGGAAUGGCCUUCAUUACGCAGGGAGUCAAAGGUGAGAAAGGCUCCUACGUAGAGUUGAGUGAUGAUGAUUUUGUUGUAAAGAAAGAAAUCUUUCUAUCAGAUGGAACAAAAUUCCAGAAGAGCAAAAUUGUUGCUACCCAUAAUUUGAAUGGACCAGAUACACAGCAAACAGUUCCAGAAAAAUCCCAGGGCUCAAAAAAUGGACAAAUAACAAACCCAAAUCCCAAACCCAAACCCCAAACCAGGAAGAUUCCAAACAAAAAGACCAAACCAAAGCAGAAUAAACAGGAAAAGUCAAAGGUACAGAAGCAAAUUGCAAGAGAAAAAAAAAUCAGAGCAAUCAGGCAAAGGCAACAGGAAUGGAACUUUAAGGUUUGA